UGGGUUUCAGUGGCAAAAGCCUCCAGCUGAGAUCUUCAUUCAGGAGACAGCAGAAUUAGGAGCAAACGGAAUAAACUGCUGGCUAUAGAAGCCAAGCCAUGAAAUUUCCUUCCAGCAUCCUCUUUCUAGGGUGUUGGCUGACCAGGCAGUGGCAGAUCUCUAGAGGAUGGCUUUAUCAAAAGCCUUCCCUCUCCGUGAGACCAAGUCCUCAGGUCAUCCUUGGUGAAGAAUUCUAUAUCCACUGUGAGACUUCUUAUAUCUCAGAAGCAACCUUCUACCUGGUCAAGGAAGGGAGUUCAGCAGCUGUAGAUUCUAAGGUUGCCUCACAGUAUGCAGAUUUCCCCCUUUCUAAUGCCAAACAUGUAGAACCUAAUGGCGGUGUCUACAAGUGCAAAUAUUGCUUUAAUUCAGGCAAUGAAAAGAAAUGCUCAGAAUACAGCGAUAAUGUUUAUGUCAACAUAACAGGAGACUUUCCUCCAAAGCCUUUCAUCUUUGUGAGGCCCAGUCCUCUCGUCAUCCCAGGGACACGAUUCUUCAUCCACUGUAGAAAGGAAUAUCCUGAAGAAGCAACUUUCUAUUUCUUCAAGGAAGGGACUUUGGGGCAUUUGUUUUCUGGGACUGGUUCAUUUAGAACUGUAUUUCACAUUCCUAAUGCCAAGCAAACAGAUGGAGGAAUCUAUUGGUGUUCAUAUUGCUUCAGUCAAGACCAAGUUCAAAAAUGCUCAGGUUCCAGCGACAGAGUUUACGUCAACAUAACAGAGCAAUUCUAUCCCAAACCUUCCAUUUCAGUGAGUUCGCAUGAAAUCAUUUCCCUGGGGGGAAAUGCAACCAUCCACUGUAAGGGUGAAGAGAGUCCAAUGGCAGAAUUCAUUCUGCUGCGAGAAGAUUCUUGGGGUACCCAUGACAUCAAGAAGAGGGAACCAGGAAGUAUUUUAUUUCCCAUUCUCAAUGCUAAAGGAACUGAUGGGGGGGUCUACUUUUGUACCUAUUGCUUCAAAUCAGACUUGGACUUCAUUCAGCGUUGCUCAAACUACAGUGACAGAGUAUACAUCAACAUAACAGAUCCCUGGCUUUCUAAACCUUCCAUCACUCUGAAGCCAACACAGCAUAUUUCUACUGGGAUGAAUGUCAGCAUUGAGUGCCAGGGGGCAGAACGUUAUGUGACCUUCUCCUUGUUCAAAUCAAACAACCUGAUAGCAUCACAGAAGACCGAAAAUGACAAAAAUGCAACCAAGUUCUUUUUCUCUGAAGUGAGGUUGGAGGCUGGAGGGAGCUACACCUGCCGAUUUCACCGCAUAGGUUCCUCCUUUCUUUGGUCAGAGUCAAGUGACCCCAUGGAAUUGGUUGUGACAGACAGAUUUGCAGUCAUCAUGUGGGCAAGCAUUGCGGUUGGACUUUUCCUUCUGAUUCUCUUCCUGCUGGUACUUGCCUUCAUAUUGUACAGAAAAGGCAAAAAGAGUCCCAGGGCCCAUGAAAGAAGCCAACCACCGAACAUGCCCCUGGAAUCCCACAGCAGAGAAGACCCUGAUGGAGUUUCUUACGCUGCCCUGAACCACAGGGCCCUGAAAUCCAAACAGAUACCCGAUGCUGACAAGAUCCCCGAAAGCUGUACUUACGCAACAUUGGCCCAAGGCAGACCAAAUUAGGACUGACAAGCAGGACCUCUUCUGAUGUAGAGACUUCUGGGACCUCGGCUGAUCCUUGGUCUGCAUGGACAUUUCUAGCAUGACAAUGCUUCCUAGUAGAGCCUUCUUCACCAAGAGAACCUGCUGCUCCCACCAGAGAGCUGGGCACUCAAAAUACGUGUUGACUCUUCUUCUUUGACCACCGACUACCUCCUUUCUGUGGAGUUCUUCCUUAGGCUCCUGGCUGGAGCUCACUAAAGCGGUUUGCCCCUGCGGUUGAGAACAUCGCCUAAUCCAGGGUUGAGAAUCUUCAGCACUAUACUUUAUCAUUUGUGGUGGACGUCUAAGGUAAUAAAAGUUUUCUGGGAGAUUAUAUAUAAUGAAAUGAGGAAAAAAAUGUUUGAAAUAACUCUUGCUUGAAAAAAAAAAACCCAGAAGCUUUUCUAUUAGGAAUUAUAGGUACCAAAAGAUCAGGAAAGACUUUUUAUGUACGGGACAACAGUCGCUCGGAUGCUAUUAGCCCAGAGAUGGAAAGAGGACAAAGUCCCUACCAGAGAGGAAUGGACUAUGCCGAAAUGGCAAAGCGGACUGGAAAGCUCGGGAACCAAGAGGACAAAAACUUUUUUAAAAAAUGGGAAAAAAUUAUAGUUUAUUUAGGAGACCACUGUAAGUUGAUGGAAACGUUAGCAGGAUUUAAAUCUCACUUGUAAUGUAAUAGAUAUCUUGGAUAACAUGGAUUGAUAAAAAUUAUAGAUUAUGCAAUAAUAUGCAGGUUUUAAUGUUGACAUUAAGACCCAUG